AUGGUAGUUGGGCCGAGAAUACCGGCCGACUGGUGCCACGUGGCUGCAUGCCAUCGAAGAGAGAUUUUUAGGGCUCAUUUGGAAACCCUAACAGCGCUGGGGAUGGGCAUCAAGGGGAGCAAGGAUGUGCAAUUGAAUGACGUCUCCAAGAUCGAGAGGAGAAUGGUGGAGGCGAUGCGCAAGCGCGCCAAGGCUGGACCAUCGCCCUUCAAAUCCUUCAACAGCAUUCUCAUGAAAUUCCCAAAGAUUGACAAGUCCUUCGAGCAAGUGAGGGGCGUCUUCAAGAAAUUUGACAAGGAUGAUAGUGGAACCAUCGAUCUGGAGGAACUCAAGACGUGCUUCCGAGAGCUCCAGGUGGAGUUUACUGAUACCGAGGUGAAAGCGUUCCAUGAGGAGAGCGACAUGGACAAGAGCAAAGGUGUGGACUUCAAGGAGUUUAUCAUCGUUCUAGCGUUGGUUUAUCUGCUGGGCGAGACUGGCGCCAAGCCCGUCAAGCAAAAAGAGGAGGACAAAGGCAAGGGGUCUCAACUGAAAAAUCUCAAAUCUCGCAUUGGUUUAGCGGAGCUUGAGUCGACUUUCGAGACGAUUGUAGACACUUUCAGGUUUUUCGACAAGGAUGGCGAUGGCUACGUGAGCAGGAAGGAGAUGAUCACGGCCAUUAACGAGGCUUCUCCGGGGCAGUCCUCGUCGGGCGAGAGCAUCGGCGUCAAGAGAUUUGAGGAAAUGGAUUGGGACAAGAAUGGGAUGAUCACGUUUAAGGAGUUUCUGUUUGCUUUUACUGAUUGGGUUGGGAUCGAAGAAGAAGAAGAUGCAGACGAAGACGAGGAAGAAUGAAACGUGAAGCCAAACUCGUUGUCCGGAUGAGUUUUUUUUUUUUUUGUUCUCCUAACACAUUCUCUGGAGGUAAUUCGCUACUAGACCAAAGGUGGACAUCGCUUUAGAGGUCCCUCCCUUGACAAGCUUGAUAUGAUUUACUAGCAAUAUAAACAACAGCAUUUGAUCCCAAGUAACUCAGGAAACCUGUGCCAGAAACAGAAA